UGUCGUCGCGUGCGCUGUUGGCUCGGACGUGCGAAGGAGCCCGUGAUCAUGCGCACUGUCAGCCUCCUGAGCCACGCCGACAUCGCAGCCACCCUCCCGACGCUGCAGGAGUGCAUCCGGCAGCUGGUGCAGUUUGUGCAGGACGAGCACGAGCAGUUCCUCGCCGUCCGAGCCCUGGAGCGUCGCGAGCGAGAAGAUCGCCGGCAGCAAGUCCAGCAACGAGGCCAAGAGCAACUCGACGCAGUGCGCGAGGAGCACGAUCGAGUGAGAGAGCCCACUUUCGACUGGGCGGUGCUACUGGACGUACUGAGCCAUUUGGUCGUGCACUCGCUGCUGGGCUCGUUCCAGGCGUUCGCCCCGCUCUCACAGCGCCUGAGCACGGAGACGCAGCAGAGCAAGGACGCCAUCUUCGGUGACCAAUUUCGCGCGGUGCUACAACGCGAGGAACUCCUGGGGAUCGACGCGGCGACGCUGCAGCCCAACUCGCGGUUUCGGUCCUGGGCUUCGAUGGUCGAGUGGAGCAAUGUUGUGUUUGGGCACGGCGCGGCGAGGAAGGGUGGAGGUUGAGGAAGCAGUUGAGGGGGCGAAGCUGGUGUUGUGUAGUGUUGUUGAGGUGAUGCUUGUG